UACAAUGAGUGCUAUCUUUGUCACGGGGCAUUGGAGCUUCAAAGUCUCCACUUCUUGGUACUGCGGUAGAGCUCCCCGCAAUCUUCCCUCUCCACUUACUUCUCACCGCAAACACCCCCCCAAUUUUUUGCGCCGAUAACAGAGAAUGUGCUUAUGCUACGAUGCAAUUAGACUCUUAAGAUGAUGUUCUCUAGCUUACUAUAGCACUUGUGACCACCCUUCCCGACACUCGUCUCCCUACAACCACCAUGAUCAAAGCGAUCUUCUACAGCAAGUUCGACACCCAGGAGGGGCCUAAGGUCGUCCACCAAGUCCCCGAUGGCGCAAUAGUUCCCUCCUCAACCGCUCCGUCGCAACCCCUCUUCCUGACUUUUUCCGACAUCUCCUUCUUCGUGAUCCCCCGUCAGGAGCUAUGCGGAAACUUGAUGCAGGUUUGCACGAAUGGGUACCGGAUACUUGGCUACCCGAUUUGCAUGAAAUCCCUGCGCUAUGAUCGCAACGAAUUCAUCUUUAAUUUUUGCAUCGUGCUCGCGGAGGAAGAAGAUUUUAGCACGUACAAGAGCGUGGUCCAGAAACUUGCGGACCUGAUGCAUGGGCUAGAGGAGCAAGGCCAAUUUCUUUCCAGGGAUCAUUCAAAAAGCGGCGAGGGGAAGGUUUAUAGCUUGUGUGAGACAUUGAUGGAGGAUCUCAAUAACUAUUGCGAAUGCAUGAUUCCCAUCGGUACGCAACUUGCUACAAACAGAGCGGGAGGGGAUGAAAGGAGGUCAAUUGCUGACGUGAAUGAUACAGACGAACUAAACACCUUGAAUAUCAAGUUAUUUCCUAUCUAUCCCUCUCCUCCGUCCGUCAAAGCCUGGCACGUUCCCUUGUUCACUGUUCGGUACCAAACCUUCAUGGAUGAGAACUGGGAUCUUACAAUGCAACGAAUCGUCCCUCACAUCAAUGGAGUCAACAGCAUCCGCAUAAUCUCCAUCCUUGCCGACACAGACUUCUCUCUCACCUGCCGCGCAAUCCGGCACUUGCUCUACUACAAUUGUCUCUUCCUCCUCGACAUCUUUUCUUUCUCUGCAAUAUACGCUCCUACAGCUCAAUUCAGCUCUAUGAUUGCCUCAAACGAGGACAUGCAGCGAGAAUGCGCACGCUAUGUCAACACUCUCUUCGCAUCACCUGCUGCCGCGUCAACCUUUACGAAUCCUACCCGAAGCUACGACCCGGACGCCGUAUGGCCGCCCCUCGGUGAAAUCGUCACAGGCACUAACACUAGCGUCGAUAUAGCGAGCAGCAAUGGCAGUAUUAGCCCCAGGAGCUCUAGUCCGGCCCCUGCCAUCACAGCGCCAGGAAGCACAAUAGCGACACUAGAGGACCAACAGGAGAGAGAAGUAGUCGACGGAGUGGGACUGGUCGAGCUUUACGCCAGCCUCAAACAAGGCCAAAGCGUCAAGCAAUGGUAUAUGCACUAUAGCCGACAACUAGCCAACAUCGACAUUCGUCGCUUCAUCACGUUUGGCAUCAUCAAAGGGUUCCUAUACCGUGUACACAAGUACGCCUACGCGACAGGUUUCCCCGCUCCACCCUCGAAAUAUCACCAUCACCACCACCAUUAUCACACUCACAGCGGUCCAUCAUCUAGGGGCCCCGGAACAGGGACCAAUAGUCCCUAUGCAUCAAGUGUAGGCGAUGACUCGGCGCCCAUCGCCGCGCACCAGCAUGAUGGACCUUCGAAUUCCGUACACAGCGGGAGUCGUCCUGGGACGGUGAUCGAAGAUGAGGACGACGAGGACUACAUCGACGAUAAGACUUUAUCCAAAUAUCUCGAUGGGAUGCACUGCUUUGAUCAAAUAUGUACUGAACUGGAAAUCAGCGAAAAGGAAUUUACCGCUAGGUUGAAGCGGUAUCCCGGGGAGGUUUUAAUCAUACACCGAUGACCUUCUCUCGGUUCAACCUAUCUCUUUCUUUACUAGGAUUUAAUGAUACCCAAUAAAUGAACGCAUUAGAUGGAAGAACAUAUUUGAAAUUUGACUCUUCGUUA